GGUCGGGGACCCCCGCCCGCCACUCUUGUUGCUCAUCCCCGAGUUUCCUGUGCGGUGGCCCCGGGGCGAGCGGCCGCCCCUUGGCUGGCCCGGGGGACGGGACCGUGUCACGCAGCCGUGGGGCUGCCCCGGGCUUUAAACGGGAGAAGCAGCGCGCUGAGACCCGGGGGUGGCGGGACCGGAGCCGGGAUCCAGGGAUCCGUGGCUCCAGGAGCGGCCAAGUGCAGGCAGUGUCCUCUGGCCGGUGCUGGGAGUGGGGGAGAAGCGCAAAACGAGGUUGGGGUCCUGCGCUGUUGGGCUCAACCACAGCAAAGGCUGUGCAUGUAGUGGAAGGCUUUGGUGAUGGGUGCUGGUCACUGGGUACCUGGCCCAUCCCGGGAAGCCGCACUCAGCUCUCCCUGUGUUCCUAGGGUGGAACAGGGAGUGUGAGCCGUGGCUGGGAGGAAGCGUGACUUGGGAGAAAGAAAAUAGUUGUAGUAUCCAUGGAGCAGCUUAAAGGGACAUGACUGCCAAUACCAGUGUCAAAAAACUUAGUUUCUGGGAAGACAGUGUGAGUUUAAUUAAACUGAAUUGAGCUGCUUUGUAAGUAUUGAUUAUUUCAGUUGCAUUUCACACAAUUUUGUAGCUUCCCAGAGUUAAUCUAGUGAUAACAUCUAUUGUUGAGGUUGUUGAGGAAUGAAAAGCCUUCUUCAAGUCACACCACCAAUGCAACUGUUCUUAAACUGUGUCAUAUGUUUGGUGGGAUGGAUGACAUUAAAUGUCUGGGUUCAGUAACUUUCCCAUGUUAUUAUACUAGUCAAAAAAGAGCGGUGUGAGAGAAGGAUCAGUGCAGAUUCUCUGGAUCCAAAGCAGCUUGGUCUUGCCUAGUGCUAUAGCAAGGUUAUUUGAUGAGUGUGUUUACAGUAUAACCCAUCCACCUGUGAAGAAAUCACUGGGCCACAAGGCACUGUGCAGGUUGUCUGUCAAAAGGUGUUUUUACCAUGUGAAGAAGUUCUUCCUAUUACAGAAUUAGAAACCAGUUAUUAGAAAACAGUUUAUUCUUUCUUUGUUUUUUUUCUUUCUGACUCAACUGUGAUGACUUUUUGUUGGAAAGCCUGAGAAAAUGCACGUAGGGGUGCAGACGGUUUUGAAAUGACACUGUAACCCAUGAUGCAGCAGGAUUUCCUUGUGAGCAGGAGCAGAGGGGCUGACUUCAGGAUUGUGAUUAAUCUGAGAGGAUGCAAUUUUUACUGGCUGCUCAAUAGAGAGUGUGCAGUUGAAAUUCUAUGUUGCUGCUGCUGCUGGACACAUGGAUUUACAUCAGUGAGAGUGGGUAGUGGGAACAAAGCCUUUCUGAAGCUGGGUGAACACUUAGUACCAGUUCUGGAGGUUCAGAGCACUUCAUCCAUCUACAGCCCCUGCAGUCCACGGCCUCUGGUGCUUCCUAACGUUUUACAAAGUGCUGGAGUUACUAGUUCACUGAGGGACAGCAUUUCUGGCCAAAUGUCCCCACCCAGUAUGCUGUGGUUCAAAUUUGUGAGGGCAACUGAAACCCUGCCACUGGAGCUGUGUGACUGGGGUCUCUGAGCUUGUCAGCUCCUGUCCCUGUCCAUAGCCUGUCCUUCAUGUUGUACAGAUUUGUACGUGACUUCUUCUGCAGCUGCAGUGCACCUUUUGAGAGUUGAGAAGGCUUAGAAUCCCCAAGGACCUGGAAGAUACCAACAUGUUUGUGUUUAUAAGUGGAAAAUGAAACUUCAUUUGCAAAUGGGCCUGGUAAAUGACAAGGAGCACCACUGAAGUGUCACAGAGUGUGCCACUGCAGUUAUUUAUGCUGCUGGAAUCCCGAGCCUGUGUGCAGGUUCACUGGUAUUGGUGGAUGUGAGCCUGACACAAGCAAGAGCUUGUGGAACUAAGCUGUAAUGGAACAAUCACAUAAUUAAAGAGCAUGGGAAUGUACAAAACCAGUGACUUCCAGCUCUUCAGAAGAAAUAAAUUCAUUAUGAGCUCUCUUAGCACUAAACGAGGCGUCAGGGAUUUUGUAGUUGUGCAGGUUUUGCAUGGGAGCAGGUUGCAUGUGCCACAUGGAGAGUAACCUUCAGUGCAUCCUUCCAGCUCUGGCAAGGACAGGAGUUGGACAGACAUCAGUCUGCUACUUGUGAACAGAAGCCAUUCCUGAACACCAGACUGUGUGAGGCAUAACUCCCCAGACUGGACUUUGACAUUCUUUUCAUGAAAGAGGUUUCCAAGUAGUUGUCUUACAAUAACUUUGAGGAGGAGUUCUAUGUAGCUCUUACUUCCAAGAGUUCUGCAAAAAUGAUUACUUCAGAUUUGCCAGUACUACAGGAUUCUACAAACGAAACUACUGCACAUUCAGAUGCUGGCAGUGAGCUUGAAGAAGCAGAAGUCAAAGGAAAAAGAAAAAGGGGCCGUCCCGGCAGGCCUCCAGUUUUCUUUGCCCAGUCUGCCACUAAGAAACCCCGGAAGUCUCCAGCGGACAAGGGGCGUUCUGACGCUGGAGCUCGAGGAGCAAGUCGUGGGAGAGCCAAUGGCCACCCGCAGCAGAAUGGAGAAGGGGACCCUGUCACUUUGUUUGAGGUGGUUAAGCUGGGAAAGAGCGCUAUGCAGUCUGUGGUGGACGACUGGAUUGAAUCAUAUAAACAAGACAGGGACAUAGCACUUCUGGAUUUAAUCAACUUCUUUAUCCAGUGUUCAGGAUGUCGAGGUACGGUAAGAAUUGAAAUGUUCAGGAACAUGCAAAAUGCAGAAAUCAUAAGGAAAAUGACAGAAGAAUUUGAUGAGGACAGUGGUGAUUAUCCCCUGACCAUGCCUGGGCCUCAGUGGAAGAAGUUCCGCUCCAACUUCUGCGAGUUCAUUGGGGUGCUGAUCCGGCAGUGCCAGUACAGCAUCAUCUACGACGAGUACAUGAUGGACACGGUGAUCUCGCUGCUCACCGGCCUCUCCGACUCGCAGGUCCGGGCCUUCCGGCACACCAGCACACUGGCUGCUAUGAAGCUUAUGACUGCUCUUGUGAAUGUUGCCUUAAACCUGAGCAUUCAUCAGGACAAUACACAGAGGCAGUAUGAAGCUGAGAGAAACAAAAUGAUUGGCAAAAGAGCUAAUGAAAGAUUGGAGCUGCUGCUUCAGAAAAGAAAAGAGCUACAAGAGAACCAAGAUGAAAUCGAAAAUAUGAUGAACUCUAUUUUUAAGGGUAUAUUUGUUCAUAGAUACCGUGAUGCUAUUGCUGAGAUUAGAGCUGUCUGUAUUGAAGAAAUCGGUGUCUGGAUGAAAAUGUACAGUGAUGCCUUCCUGAAUGAUAGUUAUUUAAAAUAUGUUGGCUGGACACUACAUGACAGGCAAGGUGAAGUGAGGUUGAAGUGUUUGAAAGCUCUGCAGAGUCUGUAUACCAACAGAGAGUUGUUUCCCAAACUGGAGCUGUUCACUAAUAGAUUCAAGGACCGCAUUGUGUCCAUGACCCUGGACAAGGAGUACGAUGUCGCUGUGGAAGCCAUUCGAUUGGUCACGCUCAUCCUCCAUGGGAGCGAGGAGGCUCUGUCCAAUGAAGACUGUGAGAAUGUUUAUCACCUGGUGUACUCAGCACACCGGCCUGUGGCAGUAGCAGCUGGCGAAUUCCUCCACAAAAAGCUGUUCAGCAGACAUGAUCCCCAAGCUGAAGAGGCUCUAGCAAAGAGGAGGGGCCGAAAUAGCCCAAAUGGAAACCUUAUUAGAAUGUUGGUUCUUUUCUUUCUUGAAAGUGAGUUGCAUGAACAUGCAGCCUAUUUGGUGGACAGCUUGUGGGAGAGCUCUCAAGAACUGCUGAAAGACUGGGAAUGUAUGACAGAAUUGCUCUUGGAGGAGCCAGUCCAAGGAGAAGAAGCAAUGUCGGACCGGCAGGAGAGCGCUCUGAUCGAGCUCAUGGUGUGCACCAUCAGACAGGCUGCUGAGGCACAUCCCCCCGUGGGCAGGGGCACUGGCAAGAGGGUCUUAACAGCAAAAGAAAGAAAAACUCAGAUAGAUGACAGAAAUAAAUUGACUGAGCAUUUCAUUAUUGCACUUCCCAUGCUGCUAUCAAAGUAUUCCGCUGAUGCCGAGAAGGUUGCAAACCUCUUGCAAAUCCCUCAGUACUUUGACCUGGAAAUCUACAGUACAGGCAGAAUGGAAAAGCAUCUGGAUGCCUUACUGAAGCAGAUUAAGUUUGUUGUGGAAAAGCAUGUGGAAUCAGAUGUUCUGGAAGCCUGCAGCAAAACCUACAGCAUCCUCUGCAGUGAGGAAUACACCAUCCAGAACAGAGUUGACAUAGCUCACAGCCAACUUAUUGAUGAAUUUGUGGAUCGAUUUAACCAUUCUGUUGAGGAUCUACUGCAGGAGGGAGAAGAAGCUGAUGAUGAUGACAUAUACAAUGUGCUCUCCACACUGAAGAGGUUGACAUCCUUUCACAAUGCUCAUGAUCUCACCAAAUGGGAUUUGUUCAGUAACUGCUACAGAUUGCUGAGAACUGGAAUUGAACACGGAGCUAUGCCAGAACAGAUAGUUGUCCAGGCACUGCAGUGUUCCCACUACUCUAUUCUCUGGCAGCUGGUGAAAAUCACUGAGGGCUCCCCUUCCAAAGAGGACUUGUUGGUUUUGAGGAAAACUGUGAAAUCCUUCCUGGCUGUCUGCCAGCAGUGUCUAUCAAAUGUCAACACUCCAGUCAAAGAACAGGCUUUCAUGCUGCUCUGUGAUCUCCUGAUGAUUUUUAGUCACCAGCUGAUGACGGGAGGUCGAGAAGGGCUCCAGCCCUUGGUGUUCAAUCCAGACUCAGGCCUCCAGUCAGAACUUCUCAGUUUUGUGAUGGAUCAUGUGUUUAUUGACCAAGAUGAUGAGAAUCAGAGCAUGGAGGGAGAUGAAGAAGAUGAAGCCAACAAAAUAGAAGCUUUGCAUAAGAGAAGAAACCUUCUGGCUGCCUUUAGCAAGCUGAUAAUUUAUGACAUUGUGGACAUGCAUGCAGCAGCAGAUAUCUUCAAACACUAUAUGAAGUACUACAAUGACUAUGGAGAUAUCAUUAAGGAAACUCUGAGCAAAACCAGGCAAAUUGAUAAAAUCCAGUGUGCAAAGACACUCAUUCUCAGUUUGCAACAGCUAUUCAAUGAGCUUGUUCAGGAGCAAGGUCCCAACCUGGACAGGACAUCUGCCCACGUCAGUGGCAUUAAGGAGCUGGCCAGGCGGUUUGCCCUCACUUUUGGCUUGGAUCAGAUCAAGACAAGAGAGGCUGUGGCCACACUACACAAAGAUGGCAUAGAGUUUGCCUUCAAAUACCAGAAUCAGAAGGGACAAGACUAUCCACCUCCUAACCUUGCUUUCCUGGAAGUCCUUAGUGAAUUUUCUUCCAAACUCCUGCGGCAGGACAAAAAGACUGUGCACACCUACUUGGAGAAGUUCCUGACAGAGCAGAUGAUGGAGAGAAGAGAGGACGUUUGGCUGCCGCUGAUCUCGUACCGGAACUCACUGGUGACAGGUGGCGAGGACGACAGGAUGUCUGUGAACAGCGGCAGCAGCAGCAGCAAGGCCUCCUCUGUGAGGAACAAGAAGGGCCGACCCCCCCUCCACAAAAAGAGAGUGGAAGAUGAGAGCCUGGAAGGCUCCUGGCUGAACAGGAAUGAGAACAUCCAUACUCCAGGGGCACUGCAGGCACCUCAGCUCACCUCCACUGUCCUGAGAGAGAACACCAGACAAAUGGGAGAGCAGAUCCAGGAGCAUGAGUCGGAGCAGGGAUCUGAACAGGAUUUUUUACACAAUCCCCAGAUGCAGAUCUCGUGGCUGGGCCAGCAGAAGCUGGAGGAUCUCAAUCGAAAGGACAGGACAGGAAUGAACUACAUGAAAGGCAGAAGUGGCGUAAGGCACGCAGUACGAGGUCUAAUGGAAGAUGACGCUGAGCCCAUCUUUGAAGAUGUAAUGAUGUCCUCACGAGGCCAGCUAGAGGACAUGAAUGAAGAAUUUGAGGACACAAUGGUCAUUGAUCUGCCGCCGUCGCGGAACCGGCGUGAGCGCGCGGAGCUGCGGCCAGACUUCUUCGACUCGGCAGCGAUCAUCGAGGACGAUUCAGGAUUUGGCAUGCCCAUGUUCUGAAGUCUGGCGAAGACCUUUUACAAACUUGGAACUCUAUUGUUUAGAGCUAGAGGCCUAUAUACUGUGAUAGCUUGUAUGAAAACCACAUUUUUGAUGUGAUACGGUUUGAUUUUUAACCAAAUGAUUGAGGUCAACCCCUUGGUGUAGGGACGGAGAGAAGAGGAGCUUCUUAAUGACACACGGGAAUGUUGGCCAAUCCAGUCACCUCAGAAGGGCUGACCUAAAAAAUCAUUUGUAUCCCUGUUCUUGACUGUCCUAAUACGGAUUUUUUUUUUUUUUCUGUAUGAGGAGGAAGUUUUAAAUUGUUAAGACAGCUGUCAAAAUAAACACUGUUCUACAUAUGUUUUCUGAAAACAACAUUGAGUGAAAACAGAACUUUUUAACUUUAUUUUUCUGCUGUACAAUUUAAAACAGUUUUAACAUUUGCCUUUUUAUGUUUUCAAAGCUAGCCAUUUUUAUUAAACCUAUGCCUAUCAGCCACUGACUAGCAAGGCUGCUGUAAGCAGGUCGUUCUGGCUACGGAAAAGUGUUUUGGAACACACUGGAUUUGAUUAACAUUAUGGUACGCUUAUGUCCUCUCAUAGACAUGGAGAAGAACACUCUCAGAGAAGAGGUUAGAAUUCUAAUGAUGUGCAUCUCUGCCAAAAAAUUUCAGAUUCUGAUAUGAUAAACCCAGAUUUUAUACUCUUGAGAAGAUUUAUUUUUAUUUAUAAUGGGACAUAAAGUAAGAGAUGUCCAUGAAGCCACUUUUCCAACAGAUGCUGUGUAACAUUCAUUUUAUAUAGCACAUGGGGACACAAAAACAGUAAAUUUUCUAUUGGUACUUGCUCUGUGCAUUUUUAGCAACUUAUACCAGCAAAUAAAGUAUUCUCAGUAAAACACACAAACGGUUCUCAAGUAAUCACUUUGCUGUUUUUACUACCUACUUCAAGCCUGCCAACACAAGGUACAUAAACAGCAACUUUCCUAUUAAAAAAAAAAAAUAGUUCAAGGGUGGGGGAAAGGAUCACUUUAGCAUACUAAAAGUAAUUUUAACUGUACCAUAAAACAGAGUCUACUUUCCAUGCCGUAAAUACCCUUUUCUGCUAUUUUUGUAAAUUAAUUUUGCCAGUUAGAAGUACUGUAUGUGCUGCAUAGAAAUUUGUGCUUAGAUGGUGAAGUUCUUAAGCUUACAAUGGAAUACAGCUACAUUUUCAGUGUUAACUGUGCAUAUUGAGAGUAAUUCUUUGGAAAAAAAAAAUAUGAUUUUUCAAAAAAGCUAAAAACGUCAAAAAAAAAUCCAAAAAACCCCCAAAACAUUCUCAGCUAAUUCAUUGUACUAAAAUAUUUUUCAAUGUCUUCAAUAAUUUGGAAUUUCAUUAUGCUUCGAUUUUAUGACUCGACAUAGUAGCUGCUCCUUACCCAGCCUGGCCUGGCACCAGCAGUGCUGGCCUUCCACAGCUCCACAUCUCCAACAAUUGGCCCCAAAACCUUCAUCUUUCUGCACUCAGUAUCAGUUGAGAUACAAAGCAGACUGACCCACUUGGAGCACAGCAGUUUCAGAGGUGCUUUAGUUUUAGCAGCUGCAGAAUAAUCACGGAGCUGUUUUCUGUUUCAAGCUUACUGGACACCAGCCCAACCCCUCAGUGCCCAGCAUGGGCAGGGAAAGAGCCCAAAUUCACCCAGCCCAGCACCUCACCCAGCUGAGCUUGGCUCUCACAACACGUGCAGUUCUCAGACACGGUUGCCAAAAAUGUUUGACCAGGUAAUUCAGCCAUUCCUUAGUGUGGGUUGGGGAUGUAUUGAUCCCAAGAAGUAGCUGGAACUUUAUAAACCCUCUUACCUCCUUCUGUGCACCCCCACGGCUUGGGGGCAGGAAUGGCUGCAGGACCUGUCCCAGGAUCCCAGUGAGCAUGGUGGCACAACAGAUGCUGCCCAGUUUGAGUCAGAGUCUCAGACAAACCUUGUGCUUCACAGUCCUCUGUGUGGAAAACUGAUUCCUAAUUUAACAUUGUAGAAUACUGUAUAACAAACAUUUAUUAUCAUGGUACCUGCAAUGGGUCUCCAGUUCAGUUUGCAGUCAAUAGGUUUUUGUAUUAUGAGUGUCUCCUUGAUUGGUUUUGCUAGUAAUUCUGUAAAUUGUACAUUUACAAUAUGAGGUUUUUUUUUUUUCCUUUUGUACAAUUUAAAACUGAUGCUUCACCUUUCAUUUAAUAAACUAUUCAAAAUCAUGAGUA